GUUGGCUAGCACAGCUAUUCUGUCAUUGAGGUUCCUUUAUUACUUUGACUUGGAACGGGUUUGGUUCUUCUCAGUCUCAGCCACCAUUUCUUGUGGCUUUUUGUUUUUGGGUCUUUUUUAUAAAUUAGUGCUCAUGGAGUCCAUAUGUGAGGCGACCAAGUCAGUCAGAGAAAUACGGGGCUCAGACUCUUCUUCGAAGAAAGCAAAGGAUCUGAACAUUGAAGGAUACCCAGUUGGGGGUUUGUCCAUUGGAGGACAUGAAACAUGCAUAAUUUUUCCCACACUUAAAGUAGCCUUUGAUAUAGGUCGCUGCCCACCUCGAGCUGUUUCCCAAGACUUUCUUUUAAUCUCCCAUGCUCACAUGGAUCACAUUGGAGGACUACCAAUGUAUGUUGCCACACGUGGUUUGUACCGCAUGAAGCCCCCAACGAUUAUUGUACCAAUAUCAGUAAAAGAGGAUGUAGAGGCACUCUUUGAGAUUUACAGGAAAAUGGACCAAUCGGAGCUUAAGCACAACCUGAUUGGCAUGGAUGUAGGAGAAGAAUUUUAUUUGAGAAAGGAUCUUAAAGUAAAAGCUUUUCGGACUUACCAUGUAAUACCCAGCCAGGGUUAUAUACUUUACUCUGUAAGACAGAAACUUAAACCAGAGUAUAUCGGCCUUUCUGGAAACGAAAUUAAGAAUUUGAAGUUGUCUGGUGUGGAGAUAACAUACACUUUGACGGAACCAGAGAUUGCUUUCACAGGAGACACCAUGUCAGAUUUCAUAGUUGAUGAAAAUAACACUGAUGUCUUGCGGGCUAGAGUUCUUGUAUUGGAGUGCACCUUUGUUAACAAUUCAAUUACUGUGGAACAUGCCAAAGAUUAUGGACACACUCAUCUGUCUGAGAUAAUAAGUUAUGCUGAGAGGUUACAGAACAAAGCAAUCCUUUUGAUUCAUUUUUCAGCGCGUUACACAGUAGAGGAAAUUCAACAAGCUAUAUGCGCGUUGCCUCCCUCUUUAGCUGGUCGAACUUUUGCACUUACUGAAGGUUUCUGAAAAGAAGAAUGGACUUUGGUUCAUUGCAUAAAUGACUGAUGGAGUUCUUUUUUCCCCCUCCAUCCCCACCUGCAACUAUUGGCCAUAGGCAGAAUGUAACAUAAUCAUUGAUGGCAAAUGUGGGAGCAGUGGAAUGCAAGGUGAAAUCCACAUUUCAUGUACUCUCUGCAUGCUUCUCUGCGAGCCAUUAGAGGACACUAAGUUUCAUUGUAAACUUUCUAGAUAAUCCACAUUUUGCACAUUUAUAUGAUAUGUCCAAGUGCAACUCUCAUUUUCCUUAUUAAUGAUGUGUAUGGAAAUUAGAGAUUUAAUUUAGAGAAAAUAUGUUCCUGUG